AUGCCAUUCUGGUCUUCCCUAUCCCAGAAUUCCAAAAAAAUAGCACAAACAUGGAUUAAGCAACCUCAUACAUUCAAAUAUUCUCAGACAGCUCAUUAUGGAACAUCAUCAAAAUGGCUACCAUGGGAAGAAGCCAUGCUACAAGAUUAUGUUAAGCACAACGGUAAACAUUGGACCGGACUUGUACAACAUUGUCUACCCCACCGCAGCACCAAGGCAUGCCAGGAGCGAUGGCGCGAGGCUCUGGACCCAGCUCUUAAACUCGGCCCAUUCACUUCCCAGGAAUGUGAAAUUAUAAACUUACAUGUUAAAAAGCAUGGUGUUGGACAUUGGGCUCUUAUUUCUAAACGGCAUCUUCCUCAUCGAUCACCCCACAGCAUUGCCAGCACAUGGAAAAAUGUAUUGAACUCUUCUAUUAAAAAGAACACUUCUUGGACACCUGAAGAGGACACUCUAAUUCUCAAAGGAAUGAUGGAUUAUGGUGAAAAUAAUUGGCAAAGCAUAUCAAGAAAUCUGUUACCUUCUCGAAGUGCGAAACAGAUUCGCUAUCGAUACAGACGCUUUUUGGAUCCGAAUACAAACAAUAAUUUAUGGACAGAAGAAGAGCUUAAUCUAUUGCUACGAAGAACAAUUAUCUAUGGAACAGAAAAUUGGGCUAAAGUAGCCGAAGGUCUGCCUGGUAGACUCCCAGAAAUGUGUUCUGAGAAAUGGGUUCGAAAGGUUGAUCCUUCUCUUAAGCAAGAAGCUUGGGAUCCAAAGGAAACAAGACUCUUUUGGGAACUUACAAAAAGGUAUGGAGGAAACUGGGUCAAAGUGGCUGAGAAUCUCCCUGGACGAGGCAGAUUUAUGUGUUAUCAAAAGUUCUGGAAAGGUCUCAAUAAGGAGCUUGGGGUUGAAUACAAAGAUUUGAUUCAAUGCAAACCAGAUGAAGAUGAUAUUUCAUGGAAAAAGCGCAUGGCAGAUCUUGUGUGUAAACAACUCGAUAAUAUCACCAUACGAGACCAUCCGGAUAUAUACCCCAACGCUAAAGCGCGAGAAAAAAAUAUACCAUGGGCACCAGAAGAAGAUGAUUUACUCAAAAAAUUAGUAGAUGAGCAUGGUACUAUGUGGUCCGUUAUUGAGCCCCACUUUCCUGAACGCUCAUAUACAUCUUGUCGGAACAGGUGGCUCAAUUAUCUUCAAUACUCGGAUGGUCCUAUCCCAAAAAAACUUAACGUUCGUCUGAGUGAAUUAGAGAAAAAGAGAAUUCGCGAAGGUGUACAUAUGUUUGGUCAUGACUGGAAGGCAAUAAGUACUUCAUACUUGCCAGACCGUACUCCGCAACAGUGCAUGCGUUGGUGGAAUAGCCAAAAUAGCCUACAGGAAAACGAUUCUAAAAGAAACUAUAUACAAUGGUCGGAUGAAGAAGACAAAAAUUUACGCUUUGCAGUGACCACUCAACCAGGUUCUAAGAUUAUUUGGGGUCAAGUCGCCAAAAUGGUUUCCGGUCGGUCAGCUCAACAAUGUCGAAAGCGUUGGGAAGAGUGCAUUCGUCCUGGUAUUUCCAAAGGAAGAUGGAAUUAUGAGGAGUCUAUGCGUCUAGUGGAGAUUGUUCAGAAGAAUAGAUUGGGAUCCAAAAAUGGAAAAACCAAUUGGAAGGUUGUAGCGGAAGAGCUUAAUACAGGUCGUGUCGACGCAAGCUGUAGAGUAAAGUAUAACAAAAUGAUGCUUUCAGGCUAUAGCCGAUUUUUACUUUAA